GUUUGAAGAGGACAACUGGUUCAGUGGUUCAAUGAUUAUCAACUGUGACACACGUGCCUCUAAAUAUUAAUAAUUUUUUAUAUUAACAAUUAUACUUUUUAUCAUCAUUAAUAAAAUCGAAUAAAAUACGAAAAAAAAUUAAUCAAUAAAUCAAGUUUACGCUUCCACAAAUUAACUGAGUCAAAUUUCGAUUGGAGUUUUAAGUUACUCGUCUUAAAUUUCCAUCAUCCGGUAAUUUUUUGUUGAUUAAAAUUAUCGAGAAUGGGAGGUAUGACUCAGAAAUCUUGGACACCAACUAAAAGACGAGGACCAAUUGCUGCUGAAUUUGGAAGUCCCGGACCUGCUUGUGUUAUUUUGCCGUCCCUUUUAGGUAAAACUGUUCCAGAUUCAAAACGUGGCAGAGCACCUGCAUUUUCAUUUGGAAGCAGACAUUCACAAAAAAAUGAUAGCCCUGGGCCAGGACCAGGUCAGUACAACGUAUCAGGUCUCAACGCAAAAGGAAAAGACAAAGCACCAGCCUUGUCUCUUCAUGGUCGAAAUAAAGUUGAGAAAAUUGAAUCAACACCGGCACCCGGUGAUUAUGAUCCACAAAAAGCUGAAAAGGUCAUUCAAGAUAGUUCACCAAAAUAUUCAUUUGGAAUAAAAACUCAAACUGAUAAAAUUAAUUCAACUCCAGCGCCUGGAUAUUAUUGUCCGGAGAAAGUUAAUCUUGAUAAAUCACCACAGUACAGUUUUGGAAGAAGAACAUCACUUGAAAAAAUAUCAGAAACACCAGCACCUGGUACGUAUUGUCCGGAAAAAGUUUAUUCACCCAGAGGUCCACAAUACAGUCUAAGUGGCAAAGGACCUUCGCAAAAAAUUAGCGAUAUUCCAGCACCUGGAGCAUAUAGUCCUGAAAAAUUUAAAAUUGAUCAUUCACCACAAUAUUCAUUUGGACUUCGUACAUCACUUGAUAAACCCAAUGACACACCUGCACCCGGUACUUAUAGUCCGGAAAAAACAAAUUUCGAACAUACACCGAAUUAUAGUUUUGGUCUAAGAAGACCUCUUGAUAAACCAAAUGAAAAUCCAGCUCCUGGAUCGUAUUCUCCUGAAAGAUUUAAUUUACAUAAAGGCCCAGAGUACAGUUUAUCUGGUAAAGGACAUUCAGAAAAACCAUCCGAAAAUCCAGCACCUGGUGCAUACAGUCCUGAAAAAUAUAAUCUUCAUAAAGGACCAGAGUACAGUUUAUAUGGAAAAGGAUCACCAGAUAAAACAGACGGCACUCCAGCACCUGGUGCAUACAGUCCUGAAAGAUACAAUCUUCACAAAGGACCAGAGUACAGUUUAUAUGGCAAAGGUCCUUCAGAAAAAAUAAAUGAUAACCCAGCACCUGGAGCAUACUCGCCGGAAAAAUUUAAUUUAAACAAAGGCCCUGAGUAUAGUCUAUGUGGUAAAGGAUCACCUGAAAAACCAAAUGAAAAUCCAGCACCUGGAGCAUACAGCCCUGGAAGAUACACUAAACACAGAGGACUUCAGUACAGUUUACAAGGUCGAGGGCCAGCAGAAAAAAUAGAAGACACUCCAGCACCAGGAACAUACAGCCCAGAAAAGUAUGAUUCACACAAAGGACCUGAGUAUAGUUUAUAUGGAAAAGGAUCUUCUCCCAAGCCCAACGAUAAUCCUGCACCAGGUACUUACAGCCCUGAAAAUGUAAAUUUAGAUCACUUACCAAAUUAUAGUUUUGGUCAAAGGACACCAUUGACUAAACCCAGUGACACACCUGCUCCUGGCUCAUACAGUCCUGAAAAAAUAAAUUUACACAAAGGACCAGAAUAUAGUUUAUGUGGAAAAGGAUCACCCGAAAAGCCUAAUGACAAUCCCGCUCCAGGUUCAUACAGUCCAGAAAAAAUAAAUUUAACAAGAGGUCCAGAGUACAGUAUCUGUGGAAGACAUUCACCAGAUAAACCAAACAACAAUCCAGGCCCAGGUACAUACAGCCCUGAGAAAAUAAAAACAUUGGAUCAUGAGCCCUUUUUCAGCUUUGGAAGUAGAACACCAAUGAGUAAACCUAACGAUACUCCAGCCCCAGGUACAUAUUCACCAGAAAAAUCAAACUUAUCCAGCUCUCCUAGAUACAGCUUUGGUAUAAAACAUUCCUCCCACCAAUCUAAUGAAUUUCCUGCACCUGGUACGUAUGAACCAGAAAAAUGUUCAAUUGACAAUGCCCCAAAAUACAGCUUUGGUAUAAAAACACCCUUGGAAAAAACAAUUGAAACACCUGCACCAGGCACAUAUUCUCCUGAAAAAAAUAAUCCAAACAAGGGUCCACAAUUCAGCAUAACCGGCAAAAAUAUCAUCAAUAAAUCUGAUAAUAAUCCAGGACCAGGACAAUACAGCCCAGAAAAUGCCAAACAAGUUUGGGAAAAAGCUAUGCAAUUUACAUUUGGUCUUAGACCACCUGUAAAUACAAACAACAGUGUACCAGCACCAAAUGUUUAUACAAUUCCAUCAGCUCUUGGUGGUACUAAAGAAGGAAAUAAAAAAACAGCACCAGCAUAUUCAAUUGCUUCAAGACAAAAAAUAUUUACUGAUGAUAGAAUUCUUGUACCUGGACCUGGUUCUUAUGAAACAAUCAAAACUGAUAUUGUCAGAUCAAAAAGUGCAGCUUACAGUAUGAGUGGACGUUAUCAAAUAUCAAGUGAUCAUGAAAAAAUUCCAGCACCAGGUGCUUAUUGUCCAGAAAAAGUUGUACUCGAUAUUCCACCAGCUCAUACUUUUGGAAUUCGACAUUCACCUUACAUAUGUAAUCUCAAGGACACUGAUGUUUACUAAGCAGCUUGGAAAAAAAUAUAUUUGGCCGUUUUUUCUUUUUAAUAAUUCAUUUAAUAUUUUAUUUAGAGUCUUUAUAAAAAAUUAGUUUAAACUUUGAAAUUGAAAAUCUAUAACUGAAAAGAGCUAAUUAAAUUAAAAAUUAGUUAUCUUGUUUUUAUUAUUUUUUUUUAAAUUGGAAAUGUAUUGUUAUUUCAAUUUUUUAUACAAAUGUGCAGCUAUUUUGUUUUUUAUUAUCAAUAUAUAAUUGACAACUUAAUAAAUUUCUUUAACAUAAAAAAAAUUGGAUAAAUAUUAUUCAUAUAAAUUUCGUUUAUUCAUCAAUUUUUUUUCUAAUAUAAUUUGAUUUAAAAAAUAAAAAAAACUUUAACAAUUUUAACAAUAAAAAAUUUCCUAACAAAGUAUAUCUCAAAUAUAAAAAAUAUAUUGACACAAGUUAUAUGUGCACUAAAAAAAAAAAACAAUUUAAAAAUUCAUGAUUAGUUUUUAAAAUUUAUCAAAGCACUGGGGGUAAAUGUUUAAUAAAAAUUUCUUAUA